AUAUAUAUAUGUAAUUGUAAUGGCAGUGAAUGGUGGUCAAGAUUUAGCUCUGAAUAUGCUAGUCUUGUGAAAACCAAGUUUUGUUUACAACAAAGGAAAACCAAUCCACUCUUGGCUUAUAUUAAAAUCCUCUGACAUUUUCCUCUACAAAUCCUCAUUUUGUACUUCUAAUUUGUCUUUCUCGUAAAUGUGCAUAGAACAGUUUUUCUUACACAAAUGCUGUUUGGUUACAAUAUUUGUUUGUAACCCGUUUUAUUUUUAUAUUGCUUGUUUGUUAACUCAGCAUUCUUUCUUGUUAUCAUUUAUCCUUCUGACAUAUCAUGUUAUUUACAUCUCAGUCACAGGAGAAGCUGACUGUGUUCACUGACACCAGUGCUAAUGUUUGCACUGGCAGAUUAGCUGCAGUAUAUCAAGAGGAGCAAGGAAAGGACUCUCCGUCUAAGAUGAGUUUCUCACAGAAACAGAGUGAAAGGUCAAGCUCACCUGUAUUCAGCUCUGUGUCUGUGAAAAGUGACCAGUCAAAAGGUGAAGUAGCAAACUUCAGUGAGGAAGCACCAUCAUCUACCAAAAGCGUAAGAUCAGGCUCACUUGUUUUCAGCUCUGUGUCUGUGAAGAGUGACCGUUCAAAAGGUGAAGUAGCGAACUUCAGUUCAGAAACGCCUUCAGCUACCAAAAGUGUCAGAUCAGAUUCAAGUGUGUUGAGCUCUGUGUCUGUGAAGAGUCACCAGUCAAAAGGUGAAGUAGUGAACUUCAGCGAGAAAAAAUCAUCUACCAGAUCAGGUUCACAUGUGUCCAGUUCUGUUUCUGUGAGGAGUGACCAUUCAAAGGGUGAAGUAGCAAACUUCAAUUCAGAAACACCUUCAGCUACCAAAAGUAAAGGACAGAAGACUACGGUAAAUAUCGGUGCAGAAUUUACACGGUGGGAAGCUCUAAAAGUGCAGAAGAAAAUGAGUGAUGUGGAUCUGGCAACUUUCCUUCUCAACAGGGUUCAAUAUGAGAAAUCAGACUCAGACUCCCAGAUCUACCGCUUCCGCAAGGACUUCAGAGAAAAUCUCUACUCGAUCUUUCAGGAGCUUGAGAAGAACAUAAUCAUAUUUCUGAAGAGUGAGCUGAAAAGGUUUAAGACAAUAUUAAAAAAAGAGAACACACAAUACUUUGUUAAAGACUUUAUAGAGGACAUGUGUGAUAUCAAAGAAGCAGCUCUUGAUAUCACACUCUACUUCCUGAGACAAAUGAAAAAAGAUGAAGUUGCAGAUACUCUAAAAGAUGAGCUGGUCUUCAUUCAUCAACAACAGUUAAUAUCGCACCUGAAGAAGAAGUAUCAAUCUGUAUCAGAAGGAAUUGCAAAGCAUGGUGACUCCAAGCUUCUAAAUAACAUCUACACAGAUCUCUAUAUCACUCAGGGAGGUAGUAAACAGGUCAAUACGGAACAUGAGGUAAGACAGAUUGAGGCUGUUUCCAGGUGUCAUGAAUCACAAGAGAUACAGGUUGAAUGCACAAAUUUGUUUGAAACACCUGAACAACGUAAGCAGAUCAGAACUGUACUGACAAAAGGAGUUGCUGGCAUCGGAAAAUCAGUCUCUGUGCAAAAGUUUAUUGUGGACUGGGCUGAAAGGUUAGAAAAAGAAAUAAAAAAAAAAGACAGAAAAGAAAAUCAGGAAAUUAGCUUCAUAUUUCCUCUUCCUUUCCGUGAGAUGAACUUAAUAGAGAAAGAAAAACAAAGUUUGAUGGACAUUUUAAGUCGGUUUUUCCCUGAGAUAAAAGGACUGAACCUUACAAGAAGGAAUCAAUUCAAAGCCCUGUUCAUUCUUGACGGAUUAGACGAAUGUCGUCUUCCACUGAAUUUUGAGGGUAAUGAGAUGUGGUCUGAUGUAUCGUCACCAGUAUCUCUGGAUGUUCUCCUAACGAACCUAAUCAAAGGAAAUCUGCUUCCUUCUUCCCUUAUCUGGAUCACCACCAGACCAGCAGCUGCCAGUAAGAUUCCUCCUGACUGUAUUGACCGGGUGACAGAGGUCCGAGGAUUCAAUGAUGCACAAAAGGAGGAGUAUUUCAAAAAAAGAUUCACAGAUGAGAAUCUGGCCAAAGAAAUCAUUGAUCAUGUUAAACGAUCAAAGAGUCUAUUUAUCAUGUGCCACAUCCCAGUCUUCUGCUGGAUUUCAGCCACUGUUCUCCAGAACAUUUUGGAGGAGAAAAAAAAUAACGGUAUGAAAAACAAUCAGGCUGAUGACACCUCCAAAACACUGCAGGAAUCAAAUACUGAAGACACUCCCAAGACUCUUACACAAAUGUACACACACUUUCUCCGAUUUCAGAUCCUGCAGAGCAGCCGAAAGUAUGAUGGAGAAUACACACCAAAUGUUUCCUGGGAUAAAGAUGCCAUUCUUUCACUGGGGAAACUGGCAUUUCAUCAGCUGGAAAAAAACAACCUCAUCUUCUGUGAUGUUGACCUAGAAGCCUGUGGUAUUGACGUCUAUAAGGCAUCAGUGUAUUCAGGCAUGUGUACCCAGAUCUUUAAGGAGGAAAGAGGGGUCACUGUGGGUACCAUGUUCUGCUUUGUUCACUUGAGCAUUCAAGAGUUUAUAGCAGCCCUUUAUGCACAUCUGUUUCUAGUUAUCAACAAGAAAAAUGCAUUGGUUCAAGACACUACAGAACAGGAAAACAAAAAUGAAGCAAUGAUUGAUUUGCUAAAGACUGCAGUGGACAAGGCACUCGAGAGUGAAAAUGGACAUCUGGACCUUUUCCUUCGCUUCCUUCUCGGUUUGUCACUUCAUUCCAAUCGACUACUCCUACGAGGUCUGUUGACACAGCAAGACAGCAAUGACCAGAUCAAAAAGGAAAUAGUUCAGUACAUCAAGCAGAAAUUUGAAGCUAAUCUGUCACCAGAGAGAUCUAUCAACUUGUUUUACUGUCUGAAUGAACUAAACGACCAAACUCUGGUAAAAGAGAUUCAAACCCAACUUAGAGAAGGAAGUCUCUCAUCUGGUGACCUUUCACCUGCCCAGUGGUCUGCUUUGGCGUUUGUGUUGUUGACAUCAGAGGAGGAGCUGGAACAGUUUGAGCUUCAGAAAUUCAAGAAAUCGGACGAGUGUUUCUUUAGACUAUCAGAAGUAGUCAAAAACUCCAAAAGAGCUCUACUAAAUGAUUGUAAUUUAACAGACAAAAGUUGUUUAACUCUAGCUAAAGUUCUUGAAUCAGAUAACAGUCUAAAAGAGCUGAACAUGAACAAUAAUAAUCUGCAGGAUUCAGGAAUGAAGAAGCUUUGCACUGGACUAAGGAACAUAAAGUGUAAAUUGGAGAUACUGACGCUUAGUCAGUGUAUGCUAACAGAAGAAAGCUGUUCAGCUCUUGCUUCAGUUCUCAGUUCAGACUCCAGCAGUCUGAAGGAUCUUGACCUGAGCAAUAAUAAUCUGCAGGAUUCGGGAGUGAAGCUACUCUCCGGUGGUAUGAAAGGGAACUCUAAAUUGCAGAAACUCAUACUUGCAAACUGCAGUAUCACUGAAGCAGGUUAUAAAGCUCUGGCUUCAGCUUUGAGAUCAAAACCUUCACACCUGUUAGAGUUGGAUCUCACAGGAAAUGACCCUGGACUAUCAGGAGUGAAGCAGCUCAAUGACUUACUACAGGAUCCAAACUGUCAACUAAAACUGACGUUUUUGGGUCCUCCUGCAGAUGAAGCCUGUCAGUAUGUGACUGGAAUUGUGGGUAAAAACCCAUUACUCCUGAGUAAGCUGCAUCUGAGUGGAUGUGAACUAGGAAUCACACGAGUGAAACAGAUUGCUGCUCUACUGCAGGAUAAACACUGUAAACUCAACACACUGAUGUUAAAUAAUAACAAUAUUAGAGAAGAAGAUUGUGCUGCUCUGGCAUCAGCUUUUAUUUCAAACCGUUCAAACUUAAAAAAAUUUGAUAUAAGUGAAAACAAACUAGGAAACUCUGGACUGACUAAAAUCUCCACUCUGCUGGGAAAGUCACAAUGUACACUGCAAAUACUCAGGCUUUCAAACUGCAGUAUCACUGAAGAAGGUUAUAAAGCUCUGGCUUCAGCUCUGAGAUCAAACCCUUCACACCUGAUAGAGCUGGAUCUCACAGGAAAUGAUCCUGGACAAUCAGGAGUGAAGGAGCUCAAUGGUUUACUACAGGAUCCGAACUGUCAACUGAAGACACUGAGGUUUUUGAGUCCUGCUGCAGAUGAAGCCUGUCAGUAUGUGACUGGAAUUGUGGGUAAAAACCCAUUACUCCUGAAAGAGCUGAAUCUGAGUGGACGUGAACUAGGAGACACACAAGUGAAUCAGAUCGCUGCUCUACUGCAGGAUAAACACUGCAAACUCAACACACUGAUGCUGAAUAGUAACAAUAUUACGGCAGAAGUUUGUACUGCUCUGAGUUUAGCAUUUAAUGUAAAUCCUUCAAACCUGAUAGAGCUGGAUCUGAGUGGAAAUAAACUAGGAAAUUUAGGAAUUGAGAAGAUCUGUCCUCUGCUGAAAAACGCACAAUGCAGAUUGAAGAAACUGAAACUUUCAGACUGCAGUAUCACUGAAGAAGGUUGUAAAGCUCUGGCUUCAGCUCUGAGAUCAAACCCUUCACACCUGAUAGAGCUGGAUCUCACAGGAAAUGAUCCUGGACAAUCAGGAGUGAAGGAGCUCGAUGAUUUACUACAGGAUGAAUGCUGUAAACUGAAGACCAUCAGAUUUCUGAAAAGUCCUACUGCACAGGAUGCAUGUGAUCAUCUCACAAAAGUUCUGGGUAAAAGUCCAUUAUUACUGAAAGAACUGGAUCUAAGUGAAGAUGCAUUAGGAGAUCUAAAUUGGGAGAAGCUCUCUGUUCUUUUGAUGGACUCUUAUAGCAAAGUUGAGAAAAUACAACUGAAUAAUUGUGAGCUGACAGAGAAAAGCUGUUCAGGUCUAGCUACUGUUCUCUCCUCCAAAACCAUCCUGAAAGAGAUGAACCUGAACAACAGUCAUCUGCUGGACUCAGGAGUCAAACAGAUCAGUGAGGGACUGAAGAAUCCUGUGUGUGAGCUGAAGAUAUUGAAACUAUCACACUGCGGUAUCACUGAAGAAGGUUAUAAAGCUCUGGCUUUGGCUCUGAGAUCAAACCCUUUACACCUGAUAGAGCUGGAUCUCACAGGAAAUGAUCCUGGACAGUCAGGAGUAAAGCAACUCGAUGAUUUACUAAAUGAUCAAAAUUGUCACCUGAAGAUGCUGAGAUUGUUACAAAAUCCUGCUGCAGAUGAAGCCUGUCAGUAUGUUAUUAAACAUGUGGGUAAAAACCCAUUACACCUGAGAGAGCUGAAUCUGAGUGAACAUGAACUUGGAGACACACAAGUGAGCCAAAUCACUGCUCUAUUGGAGGAUAAGCACUGUAAACUCAACACACUGAC